AUGACGCUGUACAAAAUGGAGGAUUUUCUAAAUUUGGAUGAUAGUAAGUUCAAUGAAGUAGUAGACACAGAGUUAUAUCCAAAUUCGCAAGACUUUACCUCUGGGGGAUUUGGUAAUCCGUCGGUUGGCGUACCUGCUAUUAUUGCAGAUGUACCGAAAUUGUCGCGCCUGUCUGAGCUUUCAUUAUUACCACAAUACAAUAGUAACUCAAGCAACCGUAUUGAGAAGAAGUCGGUCCAAAAGCACAAAAAGGAUAGGGUACUUAAGUCGUUUGUAAAGGCUAUUGACAAAACCCUGGAGACUUCCGAUAGUAGUAUACUUUCCUCGACACCUUCGCCGAAAUCUAUUUUUUCUUACGGUUUUUCGUCGUCUUUGGAUGAUGAAAGGCCACUUUCUAUGGUUGAAGAGCACUUACUAUUGCCUCAAGAUGACGCAUAUAUCAACGAAAAUGUGUCUAUAUUCAAGUUGGCUUUAGAGAAGUCUCCAGUUUCUUCACCUCGUGAGCAGGCGCAAACCGAAAGAAAUGUUUUCUCAAUUCCUAAUGUCAGUUAUGGAUUUGACUUCAGCACGAUGCCAGACACGCAUAAUAGGCAGUUGCUGCAGUCGCAGCAAUUACAACACAAUACACCGCAAGAGCUGGAUUGGCAGCCGGUGUUUCAGCAACAGCAUCAGCAACAGCAACUACAACAAAAUCAAUUACAUCUACAACAAGAAGAAGAUGGGCAAAAUCUGCGCAAUCUCCAUCACAGUCAUCAACUGCAACUUCAACUGCUACUGUUAUUCCAGGAAGAGGAUCAAAACCAACAAUACCAACAGCAUAAUUCCCAUGCAGAGAUUUCGCCAAUACUGACAGCUCCAAUGAUAAUGUUUACACCGGCGAAACCACAAAUGUUUGGCUAUAUGGCGGACCUCGAGAAUUCCUUGGAAUUCGCAUCAAUGUCGUUUGAAGAGCAGUUUGAUAUUCAUACAAGAAUUCAAUUUCAGUCUCAAAACGCGCCCGAUCAACUGCGGCAAGUGCAAAAGAAAGAGGAAGAAGCUGAAGAAGAGGAAGGCGAUGAGCAGGAAGAGGAUGAUGAAGAGGAUGAAUUAUAUACCGAUGAUCUGCAGUCAAGCGAACAGACUAUAGCGCAGUCAAACUCAAUGCAGCCCAUUUUUCAGAGACUUCAUGAGGUUAGAGCUGAUAAUCAUCAUAUAUCUCUAACUAGUAUGCCACUGAUGCCUGAGAAGAAACGGAGGAAAUUGAGUAUCCAGCCGUUAACUUAUGAUCAAAUUAGAUUGACUCAGGGACUCUUGAGAAAGACAAUGAUUCGGCACUAUGAUACUGAGGAUCUUAAGAUUCAAAUAAAGAAAGAAAUAGCCAAAGAACAGAAGGCUUUGAAGGAUGCAUUAAAACGGCCCGGCAAAACGGCAUCGCCAAAGAAACGUACAAUAAGCAAAACGAGAUUACAAACCGUAUCCGUUGAUUUUACUCAAGUUUUAACUGGCCUUCAUGACCUAGAAGUGGUAUUUUCAAAUAAUCAUAUAUUAUCGUCAUCGUAUUGGUCUGCGAAAGGUGAUAAUUCUGGAGUUACAGAGAUGCGGAAUAUAGUAUCUGUUCUCCGUCAUCAGUACAAGAAUCGGAUAACAUUUGAAUUUAUUGACGACGAUCUAAAUCCCCAUUCUAUUGUAGAUGGUGUUAAAUUAUUGAAAUUCUCCGUAAUAUCAAGGUUAUGUGAACACUUGGAAGGUGAUAAUUAUGUAACCGGAUGGGUGCAUUUAAUAACAUACAAUGAUUUAAGUGAAUUACUAGGUUUUUCAUUAGAUAUAUCUGAUGAAAUGAUAGUUGUAAAUGAUGAUUCUUUAAUAUUUGAAACCCAAAAUGAACCUUGGAAAAGGUUAUUGAUGAGAUGGAGGUCUAUUUACGACAAAAAGUUAUUCAUUAUAUCUGAAUCUAAAGAAAUGAUGCAACUCAAGAUAGAAAAGGCCAAAUCUCGAGGCAGGCCAUUUAAAUUAGAUGAAAGGGAAAAGAAAUUGAAGGAGGAUUUGUUUAAUCAAUUAAUGUCCUACAAAGGAUUACUAGGAGCCCCUUCUAAAACUGCAAAAGAUCAGGCGCUUAUCAAGACUAACAAAUUAGAGUCCCUCAUUAAGGUUGUAUUAGAGAAAUACUGUUGGAUUGAUCCAAGUACAGUUCCCCCGGGCGGAUACAGAAGGUUGUUCUGA